UUUCUAAAAACGAGAUGUUCCGAUUAGUUAUUUCCCUGCAAAUCUAAAAAUAGAUUUUUAGAAAUUAGUACAUGCGACAGACCAUAGUCGAUGUUACAUUAUUAUCGCAAUUGGUGGCAGACGGAAUCUGACAUAAACAUCCAGCGCUGUUACAGAAAAUGCCUCGGUCGUAUGUUGACAACGCCUAUAACCGGAGUGUCGGACGGGUGGGGAUGCCCGUUGGCAGUAUGGUCAUCUCCAAAGGAAGUGGAUCAGGCGGACUUAACGGAAGCAGCGGUUUUGGUUCAAGCGGCGGCAGUGCUUUAUUUGCCAGCGGAUAUUCUGACGUCAGACCGUCAUCGGCGAUGUCGUCGAGAACGUAUGUGGACAACGCGUACAACCGGUCUGUUGGUCGGGUAGGGAUGCCGAUGGGAAGCAUGCCGAUUUCGAAAAGCAGUGGCGGAGGUGGGGGCCAUUCCAGUAGUAGAUCAACUAAGGUCACUAUUAGUGAGUCAUAUGCAUGUCCGUCGAAGACAUACGUUGACAAUGCUUACAACCAGAGUGCCGGAAGGGUCGGGAUGCCAGUGGGGAGUAUGCCGAUUUCUAAAACGGAGGAAAGACCUUUAAGUGCAAAAAAUGAGAUCAGGAGCGGCUCAAGUAAUUCAUCUACAUCAACGAAGACGUAUGUGGAUAAUUCUUACAACCGGAGUGCCGGAAGGGUCGGGAUGCCGGUGGGGAGUAUGCCGAUCUCUAAGAAUGACACGACGGUGAAAUCAUCGAGCGUUAAGUACGAAUCCAGAAGCGAUUACGAUGAUUCCUCGACCAAGACGUACGUUGAUAAUGCUUCUAAUCGCCGCAUGGGAAGGGCCGGUAUGCCGAUCGGCAGUAUGGUGAUGUCGAAUAACAGUCCAGCGACGGAGUUGACGCCAGGAAUUGCAUGCUCUACGAAAUCUAAGGUAUACGUUGACAACGAGUCCAACCGUCGGUUGGGUCGUGUCGGCUUACCCCUGGGGACGGCUGUGGUGUCGCCGAAAAUCCGGAUGUACACGGACAACGCGCAGAACAGGAAGUUGGGUCGGGUCGGCAAGCCGAUCGGAACCAUGGUAUUCCACAAGAAAGAUAAAACAGUUACCAUGCAGACGUACAUAGACAGCAAAGUGAACAGGGACCAUGAGAGGGUAGGACUGCCUCGCGGUUGCAUGCCGCGGAGUAGGAAGGUUUCCAAGGAAACCGAAAAGACCAGAGACAUCGUGAAACGUCACACAGAUGAAAAUGGGGAUUUCAACUACUCGGACAGUGAUUUGGGCGAUUACCGGCCCGAUAAUAAGGACCCGAUUUCCGACGACCGAUACGACGACAUCAGAGAAAUGGCGGAACUUCAGUUCAUGAAUAUCGUUUGGCGCCAACGUGCGGAAACGGCUUGGUAUGACGAACACGGAGCCGAGGCGAUCACAACGGACCAACUGCCGGAAGUUGACGAUAUAAUACCGUACUCUGAGCUGAAAUUGUGCGAGAAAAUAGGCGAAGGAGGGUUCGCAGUUGUCUUUUUGGCAGAGUGGCGGGACACGCCGGUAGCGGUGAAGGAGAUGAAGACAGGGAAGAUAACUCGAAAGAAGGUGGAUCUGUUCAAUGAUGAAAUGAAGCUAUUCCGGUCUUUCGAUCAUCAGAACAUCGUGCGUUACAUUGGCGCUUGCGAAGAACCGGAACACCUUUGCAUCGUCAUGGAAUACAUGAAAGAAUGUCUGUUUAACGUCAUUCACGUCAAUGACGCCAUGACUGCUAUGGAUGAUCAGCAGCGCUUAGUGAUUAUCCGCCAAAUAUGCCUUGGCAUGGUCUACCUGCACGGAAAGAAUGUCGCGCAUUGUGACCUUAAGUCGCAAAACAUCCUGAUGACAACAGCCUCUAACGGUGACACCAUUGUGAAGAUUUCUGAUUUCGGCUUGAGCAUGGUCAGGAAGCAUACGGAGACUUCAUCGACGGCGAGCGUUACCAUGGUGUCCGGAAAAGGAACGCCGCGCUACAGCGCACCGGAAGUACUACGCGGCGAGCGCCUUAAAGCGAGCGACAUGAUGCGCACGGACAUCUGGAGCCUCGCUCUGAUCGUUUUCGAGAUCGUCUACGAAGAGGAACCGUAUCCAGAUUUCAACUUAAUGCAACUUCAGAAACAGGUUGGCGAAAAGGGCUGCGCGCCGGAAGUACCGGAAGGCGUGGAUGUUAACCCAGAUAUCCGGCACGUCAUGGACGACGCCUUGCAGCUCCUACCUGAGAAACGCCCGGACAUCUCCCAGUUUAAAGAUGUGUUUGUAGAUGCAUGCUACAUUUUUGUUAAAUAGAGAUGGACAACUCUUGGACAAUAAAUGUCGUCGGAUGUUUAGAGAAAACAAACGUUGCCAUCUUUGUUUUGAGUGAUUGAACAAUUAAAAUUGUUAUCAGAGGAAAAUUCUUAUAUUUUGUUAAGAUAGAUUUUUAGUUUCUAAGUUAUGUUUGAUGUUAUUAGGUAACUGUUUUGGUUUACAAUGAUCUAUCAAAACAGUAACAGGCUGUAUCAAGAUUGAGGGCAUAUGUAUUUUUGAGAGGUAGCACAAGCAUUUAUUCCUGACCAGCAUACUCUUAUUCUCAAAAAAUUUAACCACAAAAUCUCAUUUUCAUUUCUAUGACCUUCCAUGACACACGUUUUCACAUUCAUUUUCUUUAGAAACGGGACUAUAAAUAUUCGAGUAUAUCGUAUAACUCUAUGUCCAUAGAAGAGCGACUGUAAAUAUAUUGGGUUGUAACUGACAAUGCGUGUAUUGCAUUUAUACAAACACGUUAAUUGUGAUUUGCGGAAACAAGGCAUUUUAUACUGAUUUAAUAUACCUUUUUACUUUAUGUUGUUCAACAUUUUUUUCUUAUCAAUUAUAGUUUGAUUUAAUCAUAUGCGUCGUGUUGUGAAAAAAGUGGGCAUAUUGCGUGUGCGUAAAGUGUCGUCCCAGAUUAGCCUGUGCAGUCCGCACAGGCUAAUCAGGGAAGACACUUUCUGCCUAAAUUGGAUUUUUGCUAAGAAGAGACUUCAUUUGAACGAAAACUGUCAUAAAAGCGGAAAGUUUCGUCCCUGAUUGGCCUGUGCGGACUGCACAGGCUAAUCUGGGACGACACUUUACGCACAUGCAUUAUGCCCAGUUUUCUCAGAACGCGACUCAUAUGUGUGCUCGUGUGUUUAUUGUUUACAAAUCAAAGUGUCAGGCAUUCGGUGCGUCAUAGUUAGUCAUUGCAAUAUAUGAUAAAACAUUUAUGUACUUCUAUGUGUUUGUAUUGGAUGCUUUUGAUAAAUGCUCUUCUAUAUAACUGGUUUUUAGUUAUAUCCUUUGUUGUUCUGUCUGUUCGUGUUGUAUUGCUGUUUUAACCAACGGAUCAAUACAGUUUUUCACCCUCUAUUUUUAAACACGAUUUACAAGUACCUUGUUUUAUUCUUAAUAUUAUACAUAUCUUCCGUUUUAGUUUGAAUAAAUGUGCAGAACAUA